GUGUAUUUUCCCCUCCAGGCUGCUGUCUGAGCAGCUGGACACGACGGACGAGCUGAAGGCAGUAAGGAUGGCUGUUUGGGACAAAAAGACUCCCUGCUGUUUUGUGAUGAUUCUGGCUGGUGUUCUGGGUCAGAGCGUGAACUACCCGAAUCCCAUCUGUGCGGUAAAAGGCUCGACAGUCACGAUCCCCUGCACCUUCACACCCCGAGCAUUGUUUCAGGACAAAGGAAAAACUGUUUUGCUGCAGGUAGUGCGCGUGGUCUGGUGCCAAAACCAUUUGAUUUGCCAUCGUGAGACGCCGUCAGUCUAUGACAGCAACGUGACCAGGACCAGCACUCACUUCCGAUAUCUGGGAGACAAAAAAGGAAUCUGCACACUACAGAUUGAAAAUAUACAAAUGCAAGACACAAAGACUUACCGCUUCAGGAUGGAAGCAGACAACAUUGAAGGACACUUCACUGGCACAAGAGGAGUGAACAUCACUGUCAUCGAGGGCAGUAAAAUGAGGAUCUCAGGCCCCAGUGGUGAGCGGGUGGUGAAGAGCGGAGAUGAAGUCACAUUCACCUGCACCGCCUUCUGCUCGUUCCACCGCCUGGGCCUCGCCUGGUACAGAGAUGAGCACCGCCUCCUGGAGGAAGGCUCCGCCCUCCGGCUCAGCGCUCUGACCGCCGCCGACUCGGGGAAUUACUCGUGUGCUCUGAAGGACAAGGCCAGCACCCGCUCUGAGCCGUACAGCCUGCAUGUGCAGGACGAUGAAGUUCAGUCUGUAAAUCUGCCUCUGGUCGCUGGCGUUGGGGUCGGCGUCCUGCUGGCUCUGCUCACUCUCAUCAUUGUCGUCUUCAUCAUCGUCAUCAGGAGGAGGCGCGCCGCAGCAGCAGAGAAGCCGCAGAUGGACGAUGUGGCAGUGCAGAAGCCACAGGAGAACACUUACAGCAACAUCCUGGAGCGUCAGGAAGUCAGUUCAGCCGCGGAGGAAGUCAACUACGCUUCAGUCCACUUCAAACACAACGGCGCCUCCUCCAGGCCAGAAUAUGACGACUGCAGCCAGACGGAGGAGGCUGUCAUCUACACAUCAGUCGCCAGGCUGCAGUGAGGAGCCGUGACUCUCCAAGCCCGGCGGAGUUCCUCAGGAUUCUUCUGCUGUGAGGCAGUGAAGCCUGAAAGGCCACAAAGCAAAAGCCAGAUUUUAAUGUUUUAAUGUUCCAGUGGUGAGGUAUGAUGAUGGCUGAGCUCCGGUGAAACCUGAUCAUUUAUGUCCUUUAUGUCCUCUGUUGUGCUUCCAGCAAGGUUAUUAUCAUCAAUGAAAACUAACAACACAACGAAAACCGGGUGUGAGAAAACAUUUUAGUCAACUCAAGUAAAAAUGGAAAUGAGAGUUUAUACAACA